UAGAUUGACCGUCAUCGCCGCGCUCGAUGGCGCCAGCCAGUGCACGAACGAUUCAGUCCGUCGGGGGCGGGACGACGUGACAGGGGAAAACAGUGCCAUGUCGUGAAACAUUGACUUGUGGGUUUUCGUAGAAAACGAAUAGACUACAACCAGCUACGCCAUGGCUGUAGUGGUUCGCAGUUGAGAGGGACCACGACGACGACGACAACAAGGGAGCCGUGGAACAGGCAGACUCCAUUAUAAUCCACCUCCCAUCCCUCCGUGUACAUCAUCGUCGCAAGGCACUUGCAGCAAUGCGUGCACAUCUUCGUCGAACAUAGCGAACGAAAAGAAAAAAACAUGAAACAAAACAAGACAAAGAAAUGUGAGCGUCAAAAUAUUGAGACAGAAAAUCCAUACCUGACGUGUCAUCGCUAGUCCGUGUAUGUGAAUGUGGCUACUUGUGUCCCAGUCAAUUGCAGUGAAGUUCGUUGUAUAGCUCCUAUUUGUAUCGAGGGCAAGAAGUGCAAGAAUUGAAAAAACGCAUACAAAAAUGGGUAAUCUUUGCUCGAGCAGCGGUGGAGAUCAUGACGGCAACAACUCCAAUUCAGAGAGUUCGCCAUGCUGCCGCACCCGACCGCGCAAAAGCCGAAAGUCGUCGAAAGCUCAUGGCGGCGGCGGCGGUGGAGACGACGAGAUCAAACAGGAGCCGAUCAUCGGCAACGGCAGUAACAAAUCUGAAUCUAGCAGCGUCGCUCAACAACGACAGCAACAACGUCCACAAUUCGACUCGCGAGAAGAAUCGUCCAUGGCGUCGGUGGAUUCCGAAGUGAUGGCACCCGUCAGCGCACAAGUAGACCUCCAGCUGGCCGUUUCCAGCAGCAAUUCAGCCGUCCAACAACAAAAACAAGCUUCGUUGUCGAAGGCUACCGGAAGCCAUCCGCAUCAGCAGCCAUUAGCAGCAUUAGCGGGUUCGCCUACUUCGACUAACGGUGCCAACUGCGAUCCGGACGUGGUGCGCCAGUUGCCGGAAGUCAUUCGCCAUGUGCUGCACGGUUGCGUUAGCACCGGCGGGCACGGCACUGUCGAACGUGGAGCUCACCUGACAGUCUACGUCACUUCAGCCGAUCCCACUGCAUCCAGCACGGCCACGUUGUUGGAUGCUAUCAACAGCAGCGGAGUCCACGCCGAAAUCAAAGCACUGGCCACUUCACGAGGAGCGUCUUUGCAAAUCUUGUGCGAUCCUUGGGGUCCGUCGUCAUCAACAAGACCAGCGACAACGUUGAUGUCAUCCAGUGACGAUCGGAUCGGCCGGAUCUCUUUGGCCAAUCUUAACCGUCUGAUGGAGACGUCCCACGUCAUACCCGUCCUGGUGUUUGGCGAUACGCUGGGCCGCACCUGCCUACCACUGAGCAUCGAAGCGCAAGAUUUCCAGACGGCACUCCAUCAAGCCCCAGAUGCAGACGAUAGACUUCUUGUUGAACAAUGGUAUCACUCGGAUCAGCAGGCACAGCCACCUUGUUAUCGGCUCCAAUCUGCUCCCACGAUGUCGGAGGACGCACAGCAGCGGUUGCUGGAAUUUUUCAUCACCGUCUUCAGUCAGGAACUGAGCGACGCCUAUCUGAAUACUCUGUUUGAACAGGAGGUGCACAAUUCUGUAUGCAUGAGUCAAGAAUUGGCUCGACGUUGCAUCUGGAUACAAGAAUCGGCCAUCAGCAGCCCAAACACGUCCGGAUCCAUUCACUCCGAGUCGUCCAUUACGGAGAGAGAAAAUCGGCGAAGAGUCAAUGCCGUUCAGAAAAUCCUCAAGACGUUACUCCAAGAGAAGCAUGUUAUCAAAACUCAAGCGGAACCAUUUUCAGCUGUCACUAGUCAGCUUUCUGCAACGCUGCACUCUAUCGUCGAAGAGGUGCUUGACGAAGCCGAAGCAAAGGAUGUCCUGUCACGCUCGUCAUUGUCCAGAUCCUUUCUCGAAGAGAUCAACCAACAUCUGGCCUUUUGUCAGCGGGCCGCCUCUUGUAGCGUCAACAGAGAAUCGGCUCUUAUGGUCGUCAAACGGUAUUUGACUGGAAACGAACAACAUCCUCUAGUCAUUUAUGGCGCCGAAGGCAGUGGUAAAACUUGCCUGUUGGCAAGGGCUGCCCAACAAUCUCACAGCUGGCAACAACUCGAUCCGGCCUGCGCUUUGGAGAUGGGUGUUCUUCUACGAUUUAUUCGUUUAACACCUGAAUCCAGUACGGCUCUCACCGUACUUCAUAGUCUCACCCAGCAAGUGUCGCUUCUCAUCACCGGCCGCCUUCCUCGAAAUCCUCAUACGCUUUCGGAUUACCAAUCGACACUCCAUAGACUGAUGAGCGACGAGCGGUCUUGCAAGAAGCGCAUGACAUUCAUCAUAGACGGAAUUGAUCACUUGGCGGAUUUCGAAUCGGUUGUCGAUUUGCUCGGUUCGUGGUUGUCGCUCCAGUUGCCCACCACCAUCAAAGUAUUGUUGACUCUGCGAAAUGGCCAUCAGCUUGAAAGAUUGCGUGACCAACUACCCGAGAAGGCUUUCUAUCAGUUGGAGGAGCUUUCUCCUAGUGAAGCGCACAAUUUAUUCGACGCCUGCCUCUUGCAGCACACUCACCGCUCCCACGGAGAUCACCUGACAGCUAUGGCCGCCCAAAUUAAUCAAUCUCAUCGUCCACUAACCGUCAAGAUCUUGUCGUGGCAGGCGGGAUUGGCGGAAGAAUUUCGCGGCAAUACAAGUGGUGAAAUAUUACCGUGUUCGACCAACGUCAUCCCCAACUUAACGGCCGCUGUUCACGAACUGACUGGCCGGGAUCAGGUGGGAAUGAUGAUCGCCCUACUGACUUCAUCCCGUUACGGCAUUUGUGACUAUGAAAUGGAGCACCUGUGCCAACUUCAUGUGUGUGAAAGAGAUAAGAGCAGCUGGCCUACGUUGGCUCACUUGCUGGUUCCUUUCCUUCAGCGUGUUGUAGUGGGUGGACUCGGGUUAUUGUCGUGGCGAGAUGUAACCCUUCGAGAGCAAAUGACAAACACAUUUCUUGUUGACUGUGACGAAACGGCCAUCAUCCAUCGGAAAAUGUUAGACUACUUUUGGACCAUUUGGCAAGAAUCAAGAGCUCUAUUGCUUAGCAGGAAUUGGACUGAUUUGGCAUCUCCCUUUGCUGCCAUCACUAGCCUGCGAUUAACGAGGCGAGCGCUAGACGAGAUUCCGCAUCAUUUAUCGCGACUAGAUGUUUCAGAAUCGCAACACAUGUGGAAUGAAAUUUGGUCGGAUCCGGGCUGGUUGUUGACCAAACUAGCCACAUCUGGCGUGACGCAAGUGAUGGAAGAUUUCGCACUCACACCAAAAUCGUGCCAACCUGAUUAUUUCAAAGAUUGGAUGAAUCUCAUAGCACCGACUAUCGAUUACGAUUAUCGGCAACUGGCAAGCCAGCUGAUUGGCCGCGGGGCUCCACAAUCGGGAGUUUUCGAAGAGUUGUGUCGGAAGCCGUUGGUGGCUUGUCUUCUUCCGAGCCAUCAGCUGGCGUCAUCAGAGUCUGAGAAAGACGUUUGCAUAAGCGCCAUUUAUCGAUUGAAUAGCGGUGAAAGACAUCAUGCAGCCGCGUUAUCAGCUGUGCGCGACGAGUUAACCCUUUGGAAUUUCAAAACUGGCCAGUGCGAUAAAGUCCUUGGAAACCUUCAGCAUCAGCCCUUGAAAGUUGCAACACUAGCCAAUGACCGUUGUGUCGUGUUAUGCGGCCGAGAACUCUGCGUUUACGACAUGAAUACUGGCGAAGAAGUGCUCAAACUCAAAGGAAUGAUGAACCAAAAACUGCCUCUGUUUGGCCUUCAUGGCGAUUCGCACGUGGUGUCACUCUCGCGCAACCGAAUGUACGUCAAUUUGAUCAGUUUGGAGAACGGCGAUUGCGUCACAACGUUCAAAGUUGGUGAGGAUCGCUUCCUCAAUUCGCUACUCGUCUCAGACAACGGCCGUCUGCUGGUCUGUGGUGACGAGUCCAAACGUCCAUGCUCGCUUCUUGUUUGGGAUUUGCAAGCUAAAAAGCUCAUUUAUGAUUUGAAAAUGAACCAUCACGAGUUCAUCACUCGAUUGAGCGCCAUUACCGGCGACGGUACCUACGUGGCUUGCGUCUGCAAAGAACUGGAGACGAGCGAUCCGAAUUUCAUUGUCGUUUAUGACUUGCAGAGUGGCACACUCUUUAAAAAGUGGAAGGCCGGAGCGAACACGGUGGCUGUCAGCAUCGCCUGUCAAAACAGCUGCGUUGUAACAAGCUUACAGGAUGCUCGAAUACUUGUUUGGGAUCUCGUUACAGGCAAUUGUCGUUGGAGUCUAUUGGGUCAUUCGGCUUCCGUGGACACACUCAAUCUCGAUGCUGAAGGUUGGUAUUUACUCAGUUGGGACUCAGAUGACAAUGACCGGUCGCUAAGGCUCUGGAAUCUCGCCAAUGGGCAAGAUGUGGCUACAUUUACACCUGACCAGCGUACAACGGCAGCCCAUGUCUCUGCAGACGGACAUAUUGUGUUAGUCGCUCUGGCCGGGCGUUCAGACCUUGUUCAGUUGAAAUUGUCUCAAACUUCCCUGUCUUAGAGAAAGCCAUCCCCCCUACACACACAAAAAAAAUGAAAAAUAAAAAAAAAUGGUGUCGUCUGUCAAUGUGUCAAUUCUAUGUGGAAAAUUCCGGUUUCGCGGGUUGUUCUCAUUGAUGGGAUGUAUCGAGUCCUUCCCCUCUUUCGUGUCGGAUAUCACUCCUCCCCAGCGUUGCAUUAUCCAUGAUUCCUUUUCACUUUGCUUGUUCAUUUUGCGAGCUCGUAGAAUCUUUUUUCAGCGCUGCUAUGCAAUAUAUCAUUCGCUGGAUUGGGGGAGUGCUACAACUGAGUGAAAACUGUUUCAAAUUUCCGUCUCUUCUUUUCUGUUAACACAUUGUCUCUGGUCACGUCGUUGUGUGUGCUGAAAAUGUAUUCCCUUCCAAAUCCUGUUCAAUUUCCUUAUGACAUGUCGUUCCAACUCAACGAGUCAACAACUUUCUUAUUUCCCACUCUUAAACAUGGCGCACAAAAUCGGCGAAUGUUUUAUAUAUUUGAUUUUAACCUAGAAUCCUUGAACCAGUUCUUGUCGAAAUUUCUGUUUGACAUAUACUUAGCUGGCGGUAACUAACGAUUCUGAUGUUUUUAUGUGGCGAGGCCGUUAAAUGGCAGAGUGUGUAAAUAUUCUUGAACUGAUCGUAUUUAUCUGUAAUAAACCGAUAACGUUUUAA